AUGCAAGCCUUGCAACAUGCCGGACACAAAUUUCAGACCGUUUCGUUUAACUCGUGGAAAUUUGCUAGGUCCCAAGCUCGUAUUAAGAAGGAGUGUUCGGUGUGCUUUUCGGUCGACACUGUUGUAACAAGCCAGGACAUUGUCGUCGGCUUCGAUAAGGCUGGAAUUGAUAUUGACAAUAUCGUAUCAAUCCAGCGAAAGGCAAGCAACAACACGUGGAUUGUCAGUUUCAAUUCCAAGGCCGCCAGGGAUGCCGCCCUUAAUGAGCCAAGCGUCAGGAUUGCGGGCUGUAUGGUCUUCCUCGGCGACUGUGAGAAUCGCGUUUCCAUCGUUAAACUGUACGAGCUUCCUGUCGAGCUACCCGAUUCUGUCGUUAUCGGCCGCCUUUCUCAUUACGGAAAGGUUUACUCUUUCCGACGCGACCGACUCGCGGAGGGUAUAUUCAAUGGCGUUCGUACGGCUCGAAUGAUUAUUGAUAAGCCCAUUCCGUCUCAAGCCUUUAUUGCAGGUGAAUUUGCGAGAAUUUGGUACCCCUCUCAACCGAAGACCUGUAGAAAGUGUGGUGCAGAGGGUCAUUUAGCGGCGACCUGUUCUUCGCAACGGUGCUUUAAUUGCGAGCAACCCGGGCAUCGAUCCGAUGAAUGCCCGCUACCGCCUCUUUGUAGAGUUUGCCUCGGGGAAACACACUCAACGACACGCUGUCCUUUUAUUUAUUACAGCUCCAACAUUUCUAUGGCGGAAGCGACAGCUGUCAGUUACGCCAAACCAGCAGAAAAAGGAAAAGAAGCCGAUGUAGCCAAACGAGCGGAGGAAAAGAAAAAUCGAGCGGAGGAGAAAGCACGUGCUGAGAGUGCAAGGCGCGAGGAGCGCGCGAAGAAAGAAGAACGCGACCGCGCGCGGAAAGAACGCGAGGAAUCCGACCGGAGAAAGAGAGAGGAGAAGGAUCGCAAGGCGAGUCACCGGGACCAUCAUGACUACGAAUGUAGAAGGGACGGCAGGCGUGAUGAAAGACGGGACGGCAAGCGAGCAGAUAGACGAGAGGACAGAAGAGAGGACAAGAAGAGGGAGGAGAGGAGUGAUCGCGAGCGUGAGCGCGAUCGCGAUCGUGACCGCUCUGCCCGCGAUCGUUCCUCUCAUCGCUAUCACGAAGAGGAAUCUCACUCUAGCUCCGAUGAUGAUGAUGAUGGCUGGAUUACGGUUCGUCGAAAGUCUAAAAGCAGGUCUCGUUCAUUUUCUUUUAUUUUAAUUUACCUUCGGGCCCCUUAA